AUGGAGACAGAGAACAACAAUCAGAUCGCCUUUCUAGACGUUCUGGUCCAUCACAAGGUCAACGGGAGCCUGAAAACGACGGUCUACAGAAAGGCCACUAACACGCGCCAGGUCCUGUCCUACCACAGCAAUCAUCCGCUGUGUCACAAACGAAGCUGUGUUCGAUCUCUUUACAAGAGAGUUGACACUCACUGCAGCGAACCGGCCGACAAGAUAGCCGAAUUCCACUAUCUACGGCGGAUGUUCACCUCCAACGGUUACCCCCGCAGCUUUAUUGAACGCAGCAGACUGUCUAGAACAACCAUGAAGUCAACGGCAAAUCAGCCGAAAGUCUGGCGAGCGCUGCCAUACAUUGCGAAUGUUUCCGAGGCAGUUGCUCGUAUUUUGCAACCAUUGGGUAUCGGCAUCGCCCAUAAACCCGAAGCGACAAUAAGACGUCUGGUCAUGAGACCAAAAACGCCCCUGCCACGAGGCGAAACCGCCAAUGUUGUCUAUCGGAUCCCGUGUACCUCCUGCGAAGCCAACUACGUUGGGGAAACUGGGAAGAGAUUACAGACCCGCAUGGACGAGCAUGCAAGAGCGGUGAGAAGAAUGGAUCAGCUCUCGCUGGUGGCCGAACAUUGCGCGGCUUUCGACCAUGCCUUCGCCUUCCAAGACGCCGAAGUCUUGGGCCAAGGGAGCGAUCAAACGGUCAGGGAGACGCUCGAAGCCUGGCACACCACAACUACCUCGAUUAACCGCUGCGUAACUUUGCCGGCCGCCUAUCAAGCCUUACGGGCGAAAUUCAAUAAGCAGGGCCACCGACGAGGCGUCAGGCCAGAGACGGCAGCAGUCGAACCCAAACCCAGCGGGAACACAGACGGGCAUAGACAGGAAUCGGGAACCGACGAAACCAGGGGACAACCGGCGACGAACACAAACCUAGGAAACCGCCUUCUGGGCCCGAGCACAGACAGACGCCAGCCCCUGGGGAGAGCGCCAGACAGUGACAGGACCCCCCAGCCCGACGUCAACACCAGCAUGACAACCACCAUCAACACAGUUACGGACAGGUAUGAACGGGGCAGCGAGGCGGGAACCCACGACAGUGACAGGCACCCCCAGCCCGACGUCGACACUAGCAUGGUAACCACCGUCCACACGGGUACGGACGUGUGCGAACAGGGCAGGAAGGCGAGAUGCGCGGAGGGCAGACAACGGACAAUGCAAACAAGAGCAAUGGCCGCGGUCGCCCUGAUGCCGCUCCCCUUCUCACACCCGACAAAGGAUGAGGAGGAACCGUUGCCGCCAUGA